GAGCAAGUGGAAAGAAUUGACGGACACCUUUUGCUUGUGACUUCGGCCAGGUAGGUGAGGUUACGCUAUCCUCUUUCGAGCCUGCUCGGUGGGGCUUUACCCCGGCUCCUUGGUCCUUUUUUGGUGGGCCAUGCGGGACUGAAGGCCAGGCACUCCUGCCCUCGUCGUUCCAACCAGAGACCUCUUGGCGCAACGCGUGGGGCAGUGGGAGCUGCAGGUCGAAAAAAGUUCCCAGUGACAUCCAAAUUUCACACCCCUCCACAGAAAAAGAGGCCCCCACACUGGAGGGUCAACCGGUUGAAGGGUCUCACACCGUGACCACCUUUCGCGAUACAUCACCGGGUACUCACCUUGAACUGACAGAUUCUUCAACUUUCAAAAAGAACCAUCAGUCAAAAAACAAAAUGGCCAAGGGAACUAUUGGAAAGAGCAACAAGGCGGCAGCUGUCCGCAAACAUUCUCGCGCCGCCCGCCGCCAAACCUCUCCCGGCAUCGACCUCGACAAGUCCCUCAAGGCCGUCCGCCCCCCGCAAGAAUCCGUCAACCUGCGCCCGACCGUCCUGGCCGCCCACCACAACAGCGGCAUCACCAAGAAGAACAAGAAGAAGCAGCUGUCGUCCAAGGCGCGCAAGAGACAAGAAAAAAGCAUGGACCGCGCCGAGGCCAUCAUGGAUCGCACCUCCACAAAGGUGGCCAAGAGCCACGGCAAGGCCAGAGUGAUCGAGUCGCGCAAGCGGACGUGGGACGAGGUCAACGUUGUUGCGCUUGCUGAGAUCGGCAAGGAGCUGCCUACUACGAAGAAGGAGAAGAAGGCGGAUAAGGAGAGGCAGGCUGAGGACGAGGCUGUUCGCGUGUUCUAUGCUGAUGAUGAUGAGGAUAUGGAUAAGGAUGGCGGCGAGUGGGAGGAUGAGGUCGAGGAUAUGGAUGAGAAUGCCGCGGUUGAGAGUCUCAUGGCUGCGGCGACGAUACCGGCUGUUGCGCCGAUGAUGCAGGAAGAUGAUGAAGAGAUUCUAUGAACAACUGCAUAGGGGACAGACGGAUUGGGCGAUGGUCUUUUUUGGGAUUUAAAAGGGGCAUCAAAAGUUGCGGAUGGGUUACAGGCGUUCAGGGAUAUUCUGUCGUUUUACCUAUAUACCACGGCGGCCGGGGUUCGCCGACGAAUAUUGGGUCAGGUUUGGGUCAUGCAAAACCGGGGUCAUGUCACGAUACGAUUUAGAGAAUUUCGGAUUUGGUCGAUUAUUGUCAGAUCAGAAUCUUUGGGUUCGGGACCAUAACGGCCUCCUGGCUCGUAAAAGGAAAAUGCUUUGAAAGGAGGAAUAUUGUGAAUCGGCGAGGAUGAUGCGCAGAGCUACCAGUGGCAGUGUUUUUGACGAAAAUGGCAACAUUUCUUGAACUAA